GGUCUUUGUUUUGGGUGUUUUUUUUAGUGUUGCUGUAUYAAUUUAUCAUCACACUGGAGGGUCAACAUUGGAUGUUUGACUGCACUUGAACUUUCACCUUCUCCGGCUCUUUCCUUUUCCAGGGGGCUCUGAACCUAACCCCCAUAUCUGUAACACCGCGUAGAACCCCUCUCCCCCCUCUGGGGCUCUCCCUGGACCUUCCCAUCUCUCUCUGCUGCUUGAGGACAGAGACAGCCCCACCAGGAGAGGGGUUGUUGGGUAGGAAGACACCCCCCUCCCAAAGGUGAGAGGGGGGGAAGAUGGCAGCUCUCGCCAGCUCUCUCAUCAGACAGAAACGGGCGGUCAAGGACGACGGACAAAACCGACCUGUAGCCAACAAAAGGAAGCCCUGUCCCAAGAGCAACAAGUCUCUGUGCCAGAAACAGAUCUUAGUCCUUAUCUCUAAAGUACGGCUAUGUGGGGGUCGAAAAGGUCGAAACGAAAAGAGACCGGAGCCCCAGUUGAAAGGCAUCGUGACCAGGCUGUACAGUCAGCACGGAUACUACCUGCAGAUGCAGCCGGAUGGCACCAUGGAUGGCACAAGGGACGAAGGCAGCUCUUCUGUAACACAAUUCAACUUGAUUCCUGUGGGUCUGAGGAUCGUGGCGAUCCAGGGAGCGAAGACAGGGCUCUACCUGGGCAUGAACAGCGAGGGGUACCUCUACACCUCUGAACACUUCACUCCAGAGUGUAAGUUCAAGGAGAGUGUGUUUGAGAACUACUACGUGACCUACUCCUCCAUGCUCUACAGACAGAGCCAGUCGGGUCGCUCCUGGUAUAUCGGUAUCAACCGCGACGGACAGGUUAUGAAGGGCAACCGGGUGAAGAAGACCAAGGGAGCCGCACACUUCCUGCCUAAAGUCAUUGAAGUUGCCAUGUACAAGGAGCCAUCGCUACACGAACUAGUCAAUGAACAGAAAGAAAAAGAGAAGGAAAAAGAGAAGGAAAGAGAUAAAGACAGCCCUGCUCGGAAGACAGUGAAGACGUCAGAAGAACGUCAUGAAAUAACAUUCUCCAUCAAGAACUGCAGGAAAGAGAAAAAAGCUCCCAAGGCUGACGCCUCGUAGCACAGGGGACCUAGGGGAGGGGAGGGGGAGCAGUGACA